GUUGGAGGCAGGGCGACAUAAGAUAGGCAGGUGGAAUCCUUGGGAAACGUAGAGAUCAAAUGGAAGAGAUUAGGCAAUUGGGAAGACAAAUGAGUGGGAUAUGGACCUCAGCUGCUGCCAUCUCAGAGGGACCCUGGGAACAAGAUGGAGGCCAGUGCAAAGCGUGUGCAGGCGUGGGGUGGGCAGGAGGAGGCAGAGCGCCCUACCCAGGCUCCACCUCACAGGCGUGUCAUGGUUCCAGAGGUGGGUGGGGUGCACCGUGGCGCCAUCACAAUGGAACUCAAUUCUGAGCUCACGGGGUGGUCCCACCUCUGCUAUUGCGGUCGUGACCAGCGUUUAGCGAUGAUGGUUGACGGCAGCUCUCUCUUUGUCCCCGCUACCCUUGUCCUUCUCUACGGCCUCAUGUUUCUGGUGGCCGGAAUCUCCCUGCUCACCGUGAUCCCAAACCUGCAGGCCGGCAGAAAAUGCUUUUGGUGGAGGAGAUGGUGGCGGCAAGCAGCGGCACCAGAGCCAGGUGCUGAGAGACAGGCAGGCAGGCACAGCAGUCCCCGGAGCGAGCCAUGGUGCCCCUGCAGUAAGGCUGACCAGGAGCUCCAGCAGCUGGUCCUGUCGGGACUGCCUGGGUGCAGGCCUGUGCUGGGCCCCGACUUCUGGCAGGCGGCCUGGAGGGACCUGGAGGAACUGGUGGAGCAGAACAGCCUGUCGUGCCACUGUUGCAGCUCUCGUGAGGGCCAGGCUGAGGCACGGCGGCAUCCCGGGAAGAAGCAGCAGGACCACCAGGGCCACCCCAAGGAGUCAGCAAAGAUUCCUUUGCCUCUGGGUGCAGCACCUAAGGAGACACAACGUCCAGCAGCUGCUGCAGCACUUCCAGGCCCAGCCAGAGCAACACUGCAGAAGGACAGCGGCGCUCAAACGGACACCUCAGACCUGCUUCUGGCUGACGCUGAAGCUACCGGGAGGCAACGCCACUGUGCAGUGCCUGACAACAUCUCAAAGCCACAGCUCAGUCAGAUGUCUUGCAUGCAGGUCUCCGUGCACACAGCCAAAAAGUGCCUGGACGUCAAUCUCCACGUCUUCCCUGAGGCAGUUCGGAGGCCCACAGAACUGCUGCAGCAUCCACAGCCAACACAUGGUGCCCCGGUCUCCACACUCAAAAGGAAGUGCCCCCUCCAUCCUGACCAGGUCCCGCGGCAGCAGCAUGGGGCCAGGGCACCAGGAUGCCACCGCGCUCCCACGUACUUCUGCAGCCGUGAGGCUUGGUUCCUGCCCGAGGAGGAGCGCGAGGCCCUGGAGCUGCACACCUGCUCCAUGAAGCAGAAGCACCCUGGGAACCAGCCAGCAGCGUCCUGGGAGAAGGAGUCCACCAGCACAUAUAAGACUGCACCAUCUGAGGCAGACUGGGCUGAGGCAGGUGCCAAAGGACACAAGCGGUGGCCCUGGUGCAAGAAUUGCCCUGGGAGAGGCGAGAGCACCUGGAGCACCAAAGCAGAACGCAGCAGCUCUCCACCUGGCAGCGUAACGUUCUGAGCAGCACAGGUUGAACACCACCACCUGCCACAGCUGACCAUUACAGCUGUGCCGUGACCAUGUUUGUGGCUCCAAGAAAUCGUGCCACUCGCACCACGCCCGGGAUGCUGCGGCCGUCCCAAGUGCGGCCACGACCCCCAGACACUACAUCGUCUGGGGGAAGAUGUGCCUGUUGCCCUAAACGCCAAGGAUCUCUGUCUCUAAGCCCAUCUAUCUGGCUUGAGAGGAGACGAAGGGCCAGGCUCAGCAGUGCCCCUUCUCUCAAAAGAAACCUUUAUUUUUUAAAAUAAAUAAGCUUAUUUACUUGUGCCAAA